AAGGAGCUGAGUGGUUGCUUGAGUUGGACGCAUUUCAGGACGCUUUGGCCAUUACAUAAAUGAGUGCCAUGAUGCAAAUCUAUGAUGAUGUUCAUGGUAGGGUGCUGCAACACCGACCUGAUUUCCCCAUAGGGGUACUUGUCUUCCCUCCAUCAAUCCCUAAGGAAGGCAAAGAUGUGGACUCCUUACCUAGUUUUAAGGCUUGGGUUGUUGGGACGCCUGACAUAGAAGCUAAGCCCAUGAGUGUUCUUGAAGAAUCUCAGCUCGCUCUUGCUCUUACUCAUGAUGGUGUUGCAGCACCGAUGCCUUUAGUGGACCUGACAGAUGAUUAGAAAAAAAGGCAUUUGGUGCCAAUCUAUGUUUUUUUUUAUUUUUUUUAGUUUUUGUUGUUUGAACGAGUUCAUAUGUAAUUUGAUAGUGCACACUGACCAAUUAUGAAAUUAAAGAAAAAAUUUUCUUUUGA